CGGUUGGCCACUUGACGUCACUUUCAUCAGUGAGUGCCAACCGAGAAUUAAAGAGACGAAUUUAUGUCCUCCUUAAGAUGUCAUCUUCUCUUUCCAUAAUUGCUACUAUAAUGGUGUUAAGCAAAGCAGGAAGCCGGGGGGUGGGAAGGGAUUAUAGUCAAGAACCUAUAACAAAGUCCACAUUCGACAUGAUAAGGAAGGAAGUACAGUGGCGCCUCUUUGGCGUUCGUGAAUGUAGCCCUUCAAAGCGAGUAUGGAUACCUAAGUCCGAUGGGGAGUUUAGGGGAAUCUCAAUACCCACCCAUUUGGACAAAAUAACUCAACAAGUGAUAAGACUUAUAUUAGAAAUAACGAAUCAGGUAACCCAACGAGAGAACAGUAUUGGAUUCCGUAUAAGAAACAAUCGAGAUUUGGGACUGAGUCAGUUUCUGAGAAAACUUCGUGAGAAAUAUCUAACCCAACCUGGCUACCGGCUCCUGGAUAUGGAUAUAAGAAAAUGGUUUGAUUCAAUACCUCACGAAACCUUAAGGGGUAUUAUAAGUAAGCAGCCUCUCCCUCCUAGUGUUAAGAGUUAUUUGUAUAGUACCCUCGUUGCUCCUAUUAGGGAGGGUCAUCCCCUAGGUGAGAGCUUAGUGGGUGUUCCCUCAAAGGGAACUCCGCAAGGGGGUGUACUAAGUCCCUUAUGGUCAAAUCUGGCGGCGACUCCGGUAGAUGAUUUACUGCUGAUCCAAGAAAAGAAAGAACUACAAUCAAGGAUUGAGGAGGUCCUACCCUCAGGUGUGGGUCUUCAUCCAAAGAAAGAGAGAUGGAGUAAUUGCCUAACCACGUUAGGAUAUUACAUUAAUACUAAGGGGGAAGGGCUGUAUCAAAGCUAUCACAAAUAUUGUGAAGAUGAAAUAACUCAGAAGAAAGAUAAGACAGGAUGGUACAAAGGUCUAAAGACAUUUCGCCCUGAGGGAAGGCUUAGCUUAAGUCGUCUGUGCCAGGGGCUCAUAAUAUGGAAUCCAUGGGAGUUGCUUAAUCGAGAUUGGAUGAGCCCUAUAACCUAUGAGACCGAUGUGUUGAAAGGUGGUGGGCAAACCAGGAAUAUCUAUGAUAGGUCUUACUGGAAAACCAAACCUAUUUACCCACGAAAGUCUGGGUCUACUAAGGAACCAAUUGCCUAUCCGGCGAAUCUAGCCCAGUCGGCAGCCGUCAAGGCCGAUAAAGCCCCGCCCCAGGGAGCGUGUCCGAAAGUCUACGGCACAAAG